AUGGAUGACCUCUUUGAGGCAGCGCUAGCUCUGCUAAAAGCCAUGGAGCUGCGGAAGAAGUACAUGAAUCUAUCGAAGCAGGCCCACGCUAGCAUCACCACCAGAUUCAUGACGAUGGCUCGUCUGGGAUCUAGGGACCAGUUGGAUCCACGCAAUGACAGAAAGUACUACACUGCUCAGACACCCAGGCUAGGUAUGUAUACAUUACUUCAGUUCCAACUUUCCCUUUGUAUUCGGACAAUGAGGACCGUUGAGCCGGUGCACCUCGUUCAGGGGAGGUAG